CGUAAGUCACGCACGAUGUCUUGCGCUGCCGCAUUUUCCCUGUCCGCGCGCGCGGCGGUCUCCGUCCGCGUCGCCACGCCGUCCACGCCCAAGCGAGCGACGGUCGCGACGACCCCGGUCGCGGGCCUCACCCCGAAGCAGUCGCGUCGCGUCAAGCGUCACACGAAGAUUCGCUCCAAGGUGAACGGCACCCCGGACCGCCCUCGGAUCUCCGUGUACCGCUCGAACCAGCACACGUACGUGCAGGUGAUCGACGACGAGAACCAGAAGACGCUUCUCGCGAUCGGGACGAUGUCCAAGAACGUCAAGGAGGUCGUCGGCGGCGAGGAGUGGAAGAGCAAAACCGUGGACGCCGCGAGAGAGGUGGGCAAGCAGCUCGGCGAGGCGUGCGUCGCGAAGGGGAUCAAGUCCGCGGUGUUCGAUCGCGGCGGGUUCGUGUACCACGGCAGGGUUAAGGCGGUCGCGGACGCGUGCCGCGAUGCGGGCGUGGAGUUCUGAUCAUCUCUUCGGAGGAGAAGGGAGGAGAGAGGCGACUGGCGCGACGGAUUAGCCGUCCGCCCUCGACCGCUCCCGCGACGACGGCGCGUUAGCUGAGCUUGUAAUAACCCGCGAGGACAUUCUUUAUC